AUGGACAUCAGAUCUUGCAAUGCCCUCUUUCAGGAUUUAGCUAAAAAGGUGCUUUCGCCAGCAAGGAAGAAACGAUUGCUUCGCUCAUGGCUAUCAGAUGGUCUGUAUGAUGGUCAGGCUUUUGAAGAUGCUUUACAGGAUCAUUAUGGAGCGACAAGGCGCAUGUUUGAUACACCGCAGGCUUGCAUAUCGGCAGGGAAGGUUGCUGUAUCCGCGAGCGAGAUCAAAAUGGGGACUCCAUUCAUAUUUACCAACUACAACGGGGCAGCGCCUCAUAGGGCUCAGUCAGCUUAUGGGAGGCUUCGACCUGACAGUGCAAGCGAACCGUUUGUUUGGCAAGUAGCUCGUGCUACUGCCGCUGCUCCAUGCUUGUUUCCUACUAUUGAUAUUCCCGAGGUUGGAACCUUCCAAGACGGCGGCAUGAGAAGACACAACAAUCCAAUCAACCUCGCUCUCUCAGAGGCAAAGCAUCUGUGGCCGAAUUGCCCCAAUCCCGAUGUUUUUAUUUCCCUUGGGACAGGGUCUGAAACUGAAAACAUCUCUUCGACAGUCCCGCGGUUUCGCAACGUCCUUCUGGACGGAUGGCUUCCGCGUAUCUAUCGGUCUCUCUCUUCAUCUUUCGACGGUCAAAAUAACUGGAAGGAAUUUCUGGGGGUGGAUUACCUAGACUAG